GAGACCAACUGGGAACCCUGUGGUGUUAACCUCAGUCAACAUGUCCUGGAAGCUGCAGAUCCCCCAACAUCAGCCUCAUCUCAGCCUGGUUCUUGAAGACCAAACGAGCGUAGGGAACGAUAGAUUGGCUGAGGCUGGAUCUCCAGUGGGUGCUGUUCCCCAACCGCUGGGUUUCUUGCCCAUGAGUGGACGGCUUCUGAAAUCUGAAUCCGAAGAUUCCGGCGUGGAGUUGGCCAGUGGCGAUCACGUCCCUUUGACCCCGGCGGAAUCCGAAAAAAGCUUUUCUCUGGAUUGUCUAGAUGGAGAUGAUUCUGUUCCAGCCCUUCAGGAGGGUCUCCCCAAAGAAAGGCCAGAAGCACCACUGCCCGUUCUGGAUUGGGCCUGUCAGGAUUUCCAUUUCAAAAGGAAGCUUGGCAAUGUGGCCCAGAGGUCCCAGAAGAACCAUCUGUCCAUCCCCAAGAAGCCUCCUCCACAUUUGGAGGAGUUGAAGUCCUGCCACCACCCAUGCCAGCCAGUGAGGGUUGAAGGGAUUCUGAAUGAGACUUCUGGAGGAUACAAUCAAGCUACCUCAGGUGGCAGCUUCAUUGAGGAGGAGAAAGGCAAAGGAGAGGUGAGUGUUGGGAAGAUGCCAGUUGGCCCAAGCGGACCUGAGGAGUCUUCGGAAACUGCUCUGGUGGAGCAGAGGCAGCUGCUGGCAGCGGGACUGAAAGUGGAGGGGCUUUGCAGGGGCAUCCCUGGUGAUGUGCGUGAGCAGAGAGCCAAGGGUCACUAUUAG